UUCCUUACUUCCAACUCGACUGAGGCAGCUGGUGGAAACCAUUUCGCAAUUGCGGAGAGUACACUCCCAAUGAGGGGGAAAAAUGUCAUGAGAAAGUGAGAGAACAAUUGAAAAACGAAGAACAAUUUAUAUACGCCUGGUAAAAACACAGUAGUUAUUGCGCUGAUAAUGUUCGGUCCAGCUUCCUGAGGCACCAGGACAUGUCUUGGGGCUGCUCUAUGGAACCCGGCAUGAGCUCAUACAGGGGAAAGUAACUGGAAGGGGAACGCUGAAGAAAAACAUACUAUUCUAAGGGAAAGAAAGACAUGUACAACUGUCUGUUUCUCUCAUUGACCUGUCUAUGCAUUCUCCCGGGUCAUGAUGCAGAGGAGUGUGUGACUUCUAUCUUGGCAAAGAGAGGUUCUGUUAACGUACCAAAAGGGGGCACUCUUUCCCUAUCCUGUGUUGUUCAGCAUUGUGGAGAUGAUGGCUGGACAGGAGGAUGGGGUCUGUCAACAGAGGGACAGUUCCUUCUCUUUAGUCCCACUCCAAGGCAUCAUCUCUCCAAUGUCACGUUGACAACCAAUAGAACCCGUCUGCUCAUGGACAUCCUCAACGUCAACCAAUCAGAUCAUGGAAUGUACCAAUGCCAGAUCACCUGGGUUGAGGGAUACACCAGUGUUGGACAUAUGACACAUGUGAACAUUACUGCAGCCACACCACCCACAUCCGUGUGGAAGGUAUAUUCCAGGGUGGCGGUGUAUGUAAGUACCUGUUUGGUAAUCACCCUGGUAAUCACCCUGGUUUUGGUUCUGGGUCUGGCUUGCCAUAGAAGGUCAAAGGUCCCGUCUCAGCCCCCACCAAUACCACCGCCGAACCCCCCGCCACGCUCCCGAAGCGCACGCAAGGACAAGCCCCCCACACCCAAGCCUAAACCAAAGAUAGAGUUGGUCUAUGCAGCUCUUUCAAAGGGCUGCCUUGAACAGCCGAAUCCUAAUCCUCAACGAGAAGCUGCACAGCCCACAGUCUACUCCUCUCUCCGCUUCUCCUGACUCAGUCAGACUUUGUAUUGUAGAGACCUUAACCCAUCUCCUACUCAUUGAGCACACACUGGUUGAAUCAACGUUGUUUCCACGUAAUUUCAAUGAAAGUACGUGGAACCAACGUGGAAUAAGUGAAAGGGAAAGGGGGAUACCUAGUCAGUUGUACAACUGAAUGCAUUCAACUGAAAUGUGUCUUCUGCAUUUAACCCAAACCCCUCUGAAUCAGAAUAGACGUUGAAUUGACGUCUGUGGCCAGUAGGUAGUGACCUCGUCAAAUGGUUGGAUCUCUUGGCGUAAAGGCUUAGGCGUUGGCUUGACAGUCGCUGGACCCGGGUUCGAGUCUUGACCAAGGCUAUCCCCUGAAUUCACUACAAUAUUCACCUCCGCAUGGAACAGACUGUUUUCGACCAAGUGGUCACAUUUCAGAGCUCUGGAUUGAAUGUUUUCAGAUGCGUUCUGUAUUUUGUAUGUGCCAUGCAGUGACUGCUAUCCACGCACUCAGCUAGAUGAUGUGAUGCCAUGUGAAAAUCAUCUGAGAAAAUCAUCUAUGUUCAAUGGUCUAAAUAAUGAUGUGUGCAACAGUCUUUUAUUGGUUAAAGCUGUAAUUAUUAUGUCAUUGGUGGAAACUACUUUCUCUGCCUUGUGUAUUAAAUGUUUCCCCCUCCAAACAAUGUUCCAUGUAAAGCAGACCUGGGUUCAGAUACUAUUAGACAUAUUUCAAAUACUUUGAGUGUUUGCUCUAGCCUGCCUGGAGGAGCAGAGGGGUGAGGUUUGCAGUUUUUUUGGACUAUUCCAUUGGUCCGUUAAGUCAGGCAAGCUCAAUCAGGCAAAUAUAUACAUUAUUUAAGAUGAUUUCAAGUAGUAUUUGAACCCAGGUCUAAAGCAUGCUAUGUCCCUUUUAUAAUUAACAGACAAGAACAUUCAGAUAUGCCUCUGUUCCUUCCUGUGAGGUCACUGGAUUAAGCAACACAACACAAAUUGACACAAAAUACAACAUUUUAUUUCAUAAUAAAUUCUUAAUGUCACAUUACAUAACGAAAUAUACAUAUGCAUUUGUAGGCUUUUUAAAUUAAAAUUUCUUUUCAUUUGA